AUGGGGCUAAUCGAUUGUAGGCUUCGAUUUCUGCAUGGAGAAGAUUCACGGGACUUCAAAGCACGAAAUAGAGACAACGAUGGAGGCAAAGUCGAUGGAGGCAAAGUGAAAGCAACAAAUAGAGACCUUCUUCUUUUACACCCUCGAUUCAAGGGUUUUAAAUUGAUUGGUGGGUUUUUUGAUUUUGUUCAAUUUGGUGGUUAUGUUUUUUACUUUACAGGGAUACCUAUUUUUUCAAUUUCAUCUGUCCAUAUCUCAGAGAUCCCUAAUGUGCAAAAAGUGAGUGUUAAGGUCAUUGAAGAGUAUGUGGUUCCAGUAGUUGACAAGAUAAAAUUGGGUGAACCUGGGUACAAGGAAAUAUAUUAUAAGGAUAAGCUAAAUUUACCAUAUCUAAAGGAGAUUGAAGAGGUUAAAAGGAAAAUGGUUAAACUUGUGAAUCUUUAA